CCACCGCACCACCACCACCACCAAACCCUAGCGAGCGAGCGAGGGAGAGAGAGACCGCCCCGCCGCGACGAUGGAGAGAUCCCGCGGGCUGCUGCUGGUGGCGGGGCUGCUGGCGGCGCUGCUGCCGGCGGCGGCGGCGCAGCCGGGGGCGCCGUGCGAGCCCGCGCUGCUGGCGACGCAGGUGGCGCUCUUCUGCGCGCCCGACAUGCCGACGGCCCAGUGCUGCGAGCCCGUCGUCGCCGCCGUCGACCUCGGCGGCGGGGUGCCCUGCCUCUGCCGCGUCGCCGCCGAGCCGCAGCUCGUCAUGGCGGGCCUCAACGCCACCCACCUCCUCACGCUCUACAGCUCCUGCGGCGGCCUCCGCCCCGGCGGCGCCCACCUCGCCGCCGCCUGCGAAGGACCCGCUCCCCCGGCCGCCGUCGUCAGCAGCCCCCCGCCCCCGCCUCCACCGUCCGCCGCACCUCGCCGCAAGCAGCCAGCGCACGACGCACCACCGCCGCCACCGCCGUCGAGCGAGAAGCCGUCGUCCCCGCCGCCGUCCCAGGACCACGACGGCGCCGCCCCCCGCGCCAAGGCCGCGCCCGCCCAGGCGGCCACCUCCACGCUCGCGCCCGCCGCCGCCGCCACCGCCCCGCCGCCCCAGGCGCCGCACUCCGCCGCGCCCACGGCGCCGUCCAAGGCGGCCUUCUUCUUCGUCGCCACGGCCAUGCUCGGCCUCUACAUCAUCCUCUGAGUCGCGCGCCGACCCCGCGAGAGACCGUGGUCCGUCCAGUCGCAGUAGAGUAGAGCGCUCGUCGUCUCGUUCCGUUUCGUGCCUGUCGCCGUUCGAGGUUCGUUUCUGCGUGCAGUCCGGUCGAAGAAGCCGGUGGGUUUUGAGUACUAGUGGUAGUAGUAGCAGCAGCUAUCGUUUCUGUCCGCUCGUACGUGUUUGCGUGGUCGCGGAGAACAAUUAAUUGGGUGUUUGCGAGUCCUCUGGUUAAGAUGAACCACUGAUGCUAUGUGAUCGAUCGAUCGGUAUGAUCUGAAUGGAAAUGGAUCAAGUUUUGCGUUCUGCUGA